AUGAUUAGAGCGAUUCAUGAAGUCCGCGGAAAAGAUGGUGAAGGUGCUAAAAUGGAUAGUAUGGAGUUGGAACGUGAACGAGGAAUAACUAUCCAAUCUGCCGCUACAUAUUGUAAUUGGAAUUGGAAAGACCAUGGAGACUAUAAUAUCAAUAUCAUUGAUACUCCAGGUCAUGUUGACUUUACAAUCGAAGUUGAACGCGCUCUUAGAGUUCUUGAUGGUGCCGUGUUAGUUUUAUGUGGUGUUUCUGGAGUUCAGCUAAAAAUUACUGCCGCUGCUGUACAAAUUCCUAUUGGACUCGAAGACGAACUAAAAGGUGUCAUCGAUUUAAUUAAAUGGAAGGCUGUUUAUAACGAAGGAAAUCGUGGUGAUAAAGUUAUAGAAAAGGAAAUUCCAGAAAAUCUUAUUAAAUUGGCAACUUUAAAAAAACAAGAAUUAAUAGAAAACCUUGCUGAUGUAGAUGAUCAAAUUGCUGAAAUAUUUUUAAUGGAAGAAACACCUACUUCGGAGCAGUUAAUGGAUGCUAUUCGACGCGCAACUAUAGCUAAUAAGUUUACUCCUGUUCUUAUGGGAUCAGCUUAUAAAAAUACUGGAGUACAACGCGUGCUAGAUGCUGUAUGCGCGUUCCUUCCUAAUCCAGCCGAGGUGCAUAAUACUGCUUUAGAUAUUAGUCGAAAGGAAGCUCGAGUUGAUCUAAUUCCAUACUCGAAAAACAAUUUUGUUGGUUUGGCGUUCAAACUGGAAGAAGGAAAAUAUGGACAGCUAACAUACAUUAGAGUCUAUCAAGGAGCUUUAAAAAAAGGUUCCUUUAUCACAAAUUCUAGAACUUCAAAGAAAGAUGUUGACGAAGUUGGUGCUGGUGAAAUUUGCGCUGUGUUUGGUGUUGAAUGUUCUUCGGGAGAUACAUUCACUGAUGGGUCGCUGUCUUAUACAAUGACAUCUAUGUUUGUCCCAGACCCAGUAAUUUCUUUAUCGAUCACACCGAAAGUCAAAGACUCUCCGAAUUUUUCAAAAGCCCUAAAUAAAUUUCAGAAGGAAGAUCCUACCUUUCGUGUUACAUACGACAUAGAAAGUAAAGAAACUAUUAUCUCUGGAAUGGGCGAAUUGCAUCUAGACAUUUAUGUUGAACGCAUGAAGAGAGAAUAUAAUGUUGAUUGCAUAACAGGCAAGCCUCAAGUGGCUUUCAGAGAAACCAUAAUGUCAACUGCUAAAUUCGAUUAUACGCAUAAAAAGCAAACUGGUGGAGCUGGUCAAUUUGGUAAAGUAAUGGGAUAUAUUGAACCAUUAAAGGAGGUAACGGAUGAAGAUGAAGAACCACUUCCAAUAUUUGAAAGUCGAGUUGUUGGCGGACAUAUUCCUUCAAAUUUCAUUCCGGCUGUCGAAAAGGGUUUCCAAGACGGUCUAGAAAAAGGUUCUUUAAUUGGACAUCCAAUUAAAAAUGUCCGGUUUAUCCUUGAAGAUGGAGCCCAUCACGCUGUAGAUUCUUCAGAACUUGCAUUUCGUCUUGCAGCGUUGUACGCAUUUCGAGAUGCAUUUAUGAAGGCCAAUCCCGUCAUUCUGGAACCUAUAAUGAAUGUAUCUGUUACAGCACCAGUUGAAUUUCAAGGGACUGUCAUCGCCAAUUUAAACAAACGAAAAGGUACCAUUCUUGAUACAGAGGUUCAAGAAGAUCAUUUUGUUGUAACUGCAGAGGUUUCUUUAAAUAAUAUGUUUGGAUAUUCAUCAGAUUUAAGAAGUGCUACACAGGGCAAAGGCGAAUUUACAAUGGAGUACAAAACACAUCAACCUGUUCUACCUUAUGUUCAAGAAGAAUUAAUUAAUGAAUAUAAAAAAAAGAAAUUAGCAGAAAAAAAAUAG